AUGGAGAGGGAGAGAGCGUUCAACUUCAAGCUGUUGGUACCACCCAGGAUUAGCUCUGGACAGGUGUCUGCAGUAAAGCCCCAGGAAAUUACCGAAGACAGCUGUGGCUUUAUCCAGCCAGUGCGGACUUUGAGUAAAUCAUUUGACAAGGAGGCAAUCAUGCCAUUUCCAGCUACCACUAUGGUGAUGCCUUCAAAAUCUACCAGAACAGAUGGUGCAAAGAAGAUUGCUGUCACACCAAUGGAAAAAGAAGAGACUCCAUUGAGAUCCAGUCAGCUGUAUUCCAAGCUGUUUGAGGAAGCUGAGAAAAUAAAAAACUGGAAGGUGAAAAUGGACUUAGAUAUUGCUCAGAAGGAGAGGAAACUACAGGAGAGCAGAAGAACUAUUGAAAAUCAGCGCAAAGCCAUUCAGGAAUUGCAGUUUGGAAAUGAAAGUCUUAGUAUGAAGCUGGAGGAAGAGAUAAGUAAAAACACAGACCUGAAGAACAAAAGUAAUGCAACACGGAAUUUGUGUAAUCUACUGAAGGAAACAUUUGAAAGAUCAACAGAGAGAAUGGGUUUAUAUGAUUCUGAAAGAGAAGAGACCCAUCAGCUCUUCUUGCAAAACAAUGCAAACAUUCAGAGGAUGAUCAAUGCAUUUGAGGACCUCCGUGUUCAAGCUGAAACUGACAGGCAUGAACUGUUAAAACAGCAACAUCAGGAAAUGCUUGAAAAUACAAAGCAAGAACAAGAAUUGCUUUUAGAGAAAUUGCAGAGCCUAGAGCAAGCCAACAAAGAGAGUGAGGAAAAUAGCAAGGCCCUUGAAGCUGCUUUAGAGAGCAAGGAAGAGGAGUAUUCAAAGGCUCUUGCAGAGAAAGAUGAAAACUUAGAAGAACUAAACAAAAUCAGAGAAGAACAGACAGAAAAACUUCAGGAGAUUCUGGCUACUUCUCAGGAGCUACAGACGUCCCUAACAUUUGAGAUGCAGAAGUCAAAUACACUGUGUGAGACUGAAGAACGUUUGUCUGUUGCUUUGGCAAAUGAAGGGAAAUCAGCCGAGGAAAUAGAAAGGUUAAAAGAAGAAAUUGAACGGGACAGGAAAACGUACAAGGAACUAGAGGAAAGCUUCAGGGGGCUUCAGCUUCAAAAGGAGGCAAUUUCGCAUGAAGCACAGGCUAGAACUAGUGAAACAGAGAAACUCCAGGCUCAUCUAAAGGAAAGUAAGGCAAAUGAGAAGAGGAUCAUGAAGGAAAUGGAGAGAGUAGAAGUGGAAAAGCAACAGCUGAGAGAUGAUUUGGAAUCCUUAAAGACCAAAACUGAAGAGCAAGGAGAAGAGAUGGAGAAUAUGCACAAGAGGCAUGAGGAGAGCAAUAGAAGCCUACAGAGUGAACUGAUGAAAAAGGAUAAGAAUAUCAGAGCCCUAGAAAUAAAGAUGAAUACCUUGAAAACAAAAAUGGAAAAUAAAACCAAAAGUCAUGAAGAGUGCCUUAAAGAGGUGAAUGAACUGAAAGAAGAGUUUAAAAAUGUUCAAGCACUCCAUGAUGAAGAGCUGAAGCAAUUGCAUCAGGAAAUUGAAACCAAAAGAAUUGUGGAGGCAGAACUACAUGCAAAGGUACAACAGUUACAGCUCACAGCUGCAGAAGCUGUCAGGAGUAAGGAAGAUAUAGAAAUGAAAUGUCAGCAUAAGAUCUCUGACAUGGUUGCUUUGAUGGACAAGCACAAGAAUCAGUAUGACAAGAUGGUUGAAGAGAAAGAUGCAGAACUUGAUGAGAGGAGGAGGAAAGAGGCUGACAUAAAGGCUGAAAAAACCUCCUUGGAGCUGGAGUUGUCAGAGCUAAAAAUAGAGAAUUCACAUCUGAAGCAAGAACUUGAAAAUGGAUUAAAAGAUAAGUCCUACAGAAUACGUACCCCACCGUCUCCCGGGAAGUCUGUGCUCUUGGGGAGAAAUGCCCUGGAGCUUGACCCGAAGUCUGAAAGCUCUGAGCAGCAUGAUACACUGAGCUUUACCGUAGAACCCGACUCGUUUGAACAGCACCUGACUCCUUGUGUUUCUGGGACAGUGCAUCAGCAUGGGAUCCAACACAAAAUGCUCCAGAGUCCAGCUGUGUCAAAAUCACCAGGGACAGCUCUGAAACUAGCUGCAGUAAAAAGGAUGCGGGAUGCGGGGUGGACAGCUGUCACCAACGCUGACAAGCGGAAGAAGGGAGCAACCGAGAAAAUUUUUGCUUAG